AUGUCCGGUCUCGAAGCCGCUGGUGUCAUAGCCAACAUUCUGCAAAUCGCUGAAAUAGGCUUCAAACUCUCCGUCAGCCUCUACAACCUCUAUCACAAACUCCAAAGCGCCAAUCAGAACCUCCGAUCCCUCUCGAGCGAUAUCUCAUUAACAUGCAAUGUCCUGCAGCAAUUAGGAAGUGCUCUCAAGCAAGAUGAGCAGAAGAGGCUAUGCUCGCCGCAAGCGCUGAGUACCGCGAAAGAUGUGUUGGAAGAGUGUAAGCAGGCGUUUCAGAGGAUUGAUGAUGCGGUUCGCGAAUCGAGUGCAUUACUGGGCAUGAAUCGGUUGGAGAGGGCGUUCAGGAGGUUUGCGUUUGUGUUGAAGGAGUCGGAGUUGGAUGCGCUGCAUGGGAAUUUGGAGAGCUUGAAGUCGACGAUGCUUUUGAUGCUUAAUGUUUUGAUAUAUGCUGGGCAGAUUCGCAGUCGAUCAGCAUCAUCGGUUCUGCUAGUUCAGCAGGACCUGAUCAAAGAACUUAUACAAGAGAGACGAAUCUACCAGAUGCAAGAGUCCGAGCUUGCUAGCGCUCAGAAUGCGACAGUACAUGGUGAUCAUGGUCAACCGUACAAUCAAGUUUCAAACCCCGACCUGAACCCGAUAGUCGAAAUGGAAAAAUACUACCUCCUGAUUCGGAGGAUCUUUUCAGACAUUGACGCCUGCAAGACUGAUCUUGAGCGAGAGCGCUAUCACAGAAUCAGGAACGGUGUGGAAUUACUACAUUUGGGAGAGAAUAACAAGUUUGAUGCUGGUUUGGUUAAACAGCUUGAGUCACGCUUCCCUGAUCUUAUCCCUAGCAGUGCGGAUUCCUUGCAACGCGAAACUGGUAACCCUCGCAAACGAGGGGCUGGCCAUUCUACAGCAAUGCCCAUGGUAGCAAAAGAAAAUGGACCACCAACUGACAGUUCCAAGAGGAAGAAAAUCAGGAAACGCGUCAAGCAAGAUCCGCUUGUUGCUGAGUUGAUUAUGGAGUGGACGACUUUGGAUGAGCAAGAACUUGAGUAG